AUGCAUAUUUCAGCCGUUCCAUUUCCAACCGUGACGAUUUGCCCAAUAACGAAAGCGAGCUUAACAAAGUUGGAUGUGUUUCGUGCAUAUCAUAUGUUGAAAACUGAGAAACCCAACUUGACCGAUAUCGAGUUGAGUCGAAUGGAAGCCUUACUUCACAUCUGCCACAUUCAAGAUGCUGAUUUUGGGUAUUAUCAAAGCAAAUAUGCAAAUGAAUCGAUUUACGAAUUGAUUAAAGACACUGCUCCAGCACUGAAUGACACUUUUUUCUAUUGUGAAUGGCAACAUGAGUUGAUUCCUUGCGCCAGCGUUUUUGCCCCAGUUUUAACCGAUGAUGGCCUUUGCUUCAGUUUUAAUGCAUUGAAUUCACAAGAGAUUUAUACUGAAGAAAUGGCGCCUGAAUUGAUGAUCGUAAAAAACAACCCGAAUGUAUCGCAGUGGAGCCUCGAAAAUGGAUACGAUGAUACAGUAAACAAGAAAAGCUACCCAUUUCGUAUAUUCAAUGCAAAACGGGGUGGUGCUUUAGUCACUUACUUGCGAUCCUACGAACGGGACCUGGAAUAUUUGUGUCAUGGUACGAGCCAGGGAUUCAAAGUCAUUUUACACACGCCCGGAGAAGUCGGUAAAAUGUCACGCAAUGUAUUUCGAUUGCCACGUUCAAGAGAGGCUAUAAUAUCGAUAAAACCCACAGUUAUGAUCACUUCAGAUGGAUUACGAUUGUAUACUCCCAAUCAACGAAAUUGUUUCUUCAACACUGAACGUCAUUUACGCUUUUUCAAACUUUAUACCCAGAGAGAGCGAUAUGGUCAAAUUUGUGGUGCAACAAAAGUUAAAUGCUACACCGAAGCCGAAAAAGCACUCUUCGAUGAAGAUACUAUCGACGGUCUGACCGAUGAAAAUGCCAAGUCAUUUCGAAAGGACUGCUACUGUUUACCCGCUUGCACAUCAAUCACAUAUGAUGCAGAAAUAGAUCGAGUUAAAAUCGAUUUGAUGCAGAAAUACAAAGCGUACAAUUUUUCAUUGGACAGUCUGAGUGGUGUUGAACCAUCCGACGUGUCUAUCUCCUUCAAAGAUUAUUCAAUAACCUCGAUACAAAAAUCGGAUAGAUAUCAAUGGAGCGAUUUUCUAUCCGUUUGUGGCGGGCUGUUGGGUUUAUUCUUGGGUGUAUCGGCAUUCAGCAUCAUUGAAUUCAUUUAUUUCUCUACCGUUCGCCUGUUUUGCACAGUUUGGACAUCGAACAGUGUAACAUCAUCCGAUCGGAAUGCCAUUAAAAUCAUAUCCGUCGGUCAAAAUCGUGGUUGGAAAAGUGUAGCUACACAAUACGAUUCAAACUCACAGAACAUUUGCAACAACUGUGCUAGGAUCAAAAAGAAUCAUCCGAAUUUUAAGAACUAUUCAAGCUAUCCACAAGAUAUUUUCUUUUUUACAAAAUAGGUCGAGAAAUCCAUAAAUAUAAAUACACG